UGUGCACUCCUGAAGAUGGCAACCUUGCAGCAGGCACACGGUGGGAGAGGUUGUGCCAUACCUGUCUUGACCAGGGAAGUGGGAUUUAAAGUUUCUGAAGACAAUGUUGGUGACUGGGAGAAGGUAUUUCCACUGGUGCUAUCACUUGCAUUUGUUGGUAAAACAAUGUCUGGUACUUACAUUAACAGCAUGUAUACACAGAUAGAGAAACAAUUUAAUAUUCCAGCUUCUUUAGUGGGGAUCAUUAAUGGAAGCUUUGAAACUGGUAACUUGCUUCUUAUAGCAUUUGUGAGUUAUUCUGGAGGAAAGCUUCACAGACCCAGAAUAAUUGCUUUGGGCUGCACUGUUCUGUCAUUUGGUUGUCUUUUGAUAUCACUUCCUCAUUUCUUAAUUGGAAGGUAUCAUAUUGAAAGCAGCAUUUCACCAUUGGAGAAUUCUUCAGUCAUGCCUCUGUGUUUUUUUAAUCAAAGCUUGUUCUCUUUACCUACAGAAGAACCAUCAACAGAGUGUGUAAAGGAGUCUGGGUACUUGCUGUGGAUAUUUGUGAUGGUUGGAAACAUAGUGCGAGGAAUGGGUGAAACUCCCAUCAUGCCUUUAAGCAUUUCAUAUUUGGAGGAUUUUGCCAAAACAGAGAAUUCGCCUUUCUACCUGGGUUGUCUACACACAGCAACAAUAAUUGGCCCCUUUGUUGGUUUAUUGUUGGCAUCAUUCUGUGCAGAACUGUUUGUUGAUCUGGAAUCAGUAGAUCCAGGGGAUGUAACUAUAACAGCUACUGAUACCCGCUGGGUUGGAGCGUGGUGGCUGGGAAUUUUGAUUUGUGCAGCACUGAAUCUUCUUGCAGGAGUACCUUUUUGGUUUUUGCCCAAGUCACUUGUGAAGGAAGGAGAAACCAAUUAACCUGAGGAGAUGUGUAAAAAGAGGGUAGUACUAUUGCAAGAAAAUUAAAAAAAAAGGAAGACAA